AUGCCGCGAGAACUUGUUAAACCUCCGGUGCGUUGGUGUGCGAUGAGCAAUGCACCGCCUCGGCCCCCACCUCCUUCCUCCCCUCAUCCUCUGAAUCCUCCAGACACCACCCCAUACGUAGCAAUGGUAGAUGCGACCGUAGUAGCACCAACAGCAGCGGCAACACCCCUAGCGCAGCUGGGGAAGAUCUCGCGGGUGUGGUGGUGGCUGCAGCGCGAUGGGUCAUGUCGCAUCGAGAUUGCCAUUAACUUAUUGGCCGAUUCAUCUCCCCCCGAAGAGGGUAAGCGAGUGCUCUGGCCUGUUACUCUUCUCGACCCCAUUACACACUAUAAUAUCUUACACUUUGUUCGUAGCAUACUGACACGGAUCGCUUCCUCGAUGUGGGCAGAUACUCAGCUUUCGCAUCUUUUGGAGUCAUACGCACCUCCCUCCAGUCCCCAUUAUUCAAACACAAUUCUUCAAAUGCUUUCAAUCACUUGGACCAAUCUGCGGUCCUACGUCAAUCCCACAUGCGUGGAGACCGUUGAGGAUGUGGAGGAAAAGGCUCUGGAUCUUUCAAUUAGGGCUCCACCGACAGUGGGCGCAGCAUCAUCGACUCAAUCCUAUCCGUCUUCAUCCAUGGAAUUAGCCACCUUUCCGUGCUCAAGCUCCAUUUAUCCUUUCGUUCCAUUCAGUUCUGACCAGGAUCUGUCAUGUCCGCUUUGCAAAAAAUCAUUCAGAUUUGAAAAGAAUCUCCUGAGACAUCUUCAGAAAACCCAUGCUGCCGGUAGCGAGGAAUCCAUUCUGAAGUGCAAACUGUGUGCCUAUACUACGAGGCACUACAGUAAUAUGUAUGUACACAUUCGAACACACACUGGCGACAAGCCCUACUCUUGCUCUGGGUGUGGAGCCUCUUUUACUCAGGGCUCCUCGUUGAAACUGCACAUCCGCUCCCGGCACGACGAAAAUAUGGCCUUCUUUUCGCUGUCCCGAAAGCCAGGGAAGAACAACCUGACUAAACUAUGGACACGUGUGGUUAGAUUGGAUGCAAACAUCAACCUCCCUGUAUCCCAGUCCUCUUUCUACAUCCUACCACCCCAGCAAUUAAUGGGGUUGCCAUUUUCUACGGCCUCCGUUAAUGCCACGGCGGAUCUUCCGAACAGAAGUAUAUUCGCAAACAGCAGCGGUGGAGGAUGGCUAACCAGUACCGACCAUUAUAGUACGUCUCAGCAUAAAACCUGCGGGGUUUUCUCGAUAGAGGCACUAGCUUCCUCACCUCCACUACAAAAUUCCUCAAUGCCCGAAUCGGAGAGCUUAGGAUAA